AUGUCUCGAUAUUCAACGCCCGCUGUCGGAUCGAGGCACCAGUGGAGGAAAGCGUUCGAGCAUUUCAAACGCGAAGUCACCAUAGACGGCCCCUCUAAAGGGCUGUCGAUGAUUCGUGACAGACAAACGCUUAAAUCCUUCUUCCAGAAAUGGGUCGAAGAUGAUAAACUGUUUCGUUCACUGGUGGAAACUUUGGACCCCAUCCUCACCGAUAUCGAAUGGCUAUCAAAUGUCGCGGGCGACGAUAUUCAUGCUGCCUCCUCGUACAGUGAAGCCAGUUAUCGGAGUAUUGCGUCGGUAGUCUUGGCAUCGCAGGAGACCGCGGCUUGCAUAGCAUCUUUUGCUCUUUUUCCGAGAAGCAUCUAUAUACCUGCACUGGAUAAUGCCCCAGAAAUGCUCUCAGAUUCCUGCGUUGAUUUCCUUGCGGACGAGAUCAACACCCUGAGGCUAAUAUGCAAAGAGCUGAAGUCUUCCCAUGACCAGAGGUCCCUUGUAGGCUGCAUCCUAGAACCAACUGUGUUCUGGAGACGACCUACAGUAGGUAGAAGUGAACCAUCGAAGACCUCGCUAGCGCAGUUGCGCUGGAAGCUCAACUCUAUAAUCUGGGAAGCAGACCUAUCUGAAUGCGCUCUGCCUGUCGUUCUAUCUAGGAUUCUUCCCACGUGGACGAAGAUUCCAAGUGUUGAAUUCGGCGACAUCGUGGCGGUUCCAGUGAAGAGUUUUGAGGAAUGCCUUGACGACUGGUUCAGCAGUGUCAAAAUAUCGAAAGAACAGAUCAAAUUGCAUGCGACGCUUGAAGAGAUCGGUGCGCAAGUUCAAUCGAUUUGGAAGACUAUGGCUGGAUGGACUACUGACGACGAGCAGUAUCUUCACGCUGUAUGCAGUUCAUUCCUACUCUUACUCACGGAAGCGAGAAUUGCAAGCAUCCCGUGCAUACUCAUCGUGAGGUUGGCGGGUCGUCUCAAGUCGAUUCUCCGGCGUAUUCCUACAGGAGUGCAGAAUGUGUCACUGAACAUGCGAUGCAUAUACAAGCAAAUCUAUGCACAGCUUGUUCUCAUUGUCGUUACGUCGAGCUUGAUCAUCAGGGAACACCGUUCUCAGUCAAACAUUGUCACGUAUUUCUACACGCCGCAUGCACUGUUGGCUAAUCAUGAGAAUCUUCGGGACCUCCUAGACGAGUUGGAUCACCUGGCUGGGAAACUUGUAACUGCUCUUCCUCCUCCUGAAGGUGGCUCACCGUUUCCUGACGUUUGGAGCAUCGUGAUGCGACAUUACAUGGCGACUACAGGCAAUAACAUCGUGCCAGAAAUGAAGUAUCAGCGGAUCGAUAAUCUCGACGCCUUGAAGUCAGCCCUGGCGAGGGGAGAAUACACCUUCCAUUCUAGUCAGAUGUCGGAUCUCAAAAGACUAUUCCAACCAAUGCUGAAAUUUCUCAGUUGGUCUGUUGCAACCGCUGCUGACUUAGCUAACGAUCUCCCGAGCUACGCCGUUAUAGUUACCGUCGCAAUCAAGAUUUUAGCAGAGGCUGGUGAAGACCUCGGAGCGGCCAACAAUAACAUCCUCAAACUUUUCAAGAGUCUAGAACAGUUCCUCCGUCGUCUUGAGAUAUAUCAAAAGCAAAGAUACACACAGGCGCUGGAGGAUAUCUUCGUCGACAUCUUGACGCAGCUUCUUGUCACGUUUGAACUCGCGAACAAGGCCAUCAACCGAGGGCUUUUUGGCAAGUUACGAACCCGGGAGACCGACAAUAUCUCUGACUACAUCUGUAAAGAUGACGAUACGCAACAUGCUCUUUCGGAGCUGGAGGAGUUAUUCGAACAGGAAAAUCGGAUAGUUUCGGCAGGAAUACUUGACAUUGCAGGUGGGAUACAGAAAGAUGUUGAGAUGAUACGCAAGACGGUAAACCUAAUUGCGGGUCAAACGAUGGAUAAUGAACCAUCACCGAACCCAGACCUGGCUCUACAAUCAGACUUGCCAUCGAAGCCAGUACACUGUUUCGGCCGACAUGAAUCCACUGCUGCCCUUCGUACAUCCGUACUGAACCAUGAACCCGCAAUUGUCCUUGGGUCAGGGGGGAUUGGGAAGACUACUCUUGUCCUCGAGGUGCUUCACGAUCCUGAUGUGAUAUCUGCAUUCACCAGUCGGCUGUUUGUGACAUGCGAGGCUAUGAAAGGUGGCUUGGAACAGUUUCAUAUUACUCUCGCUAACUCAUUGGGGCUGUACACGGAGUUGCGUGGCCAACGACUGCGAGCGAUGGUUUACCAGGUUCUACAACAAAAGGCUACUCUGCUCUGUAUCGACAACUUCGAGACGCUCUGGGAGCUCCCACAAUCGCGCAGGAUGGUAGAGGAGAAAUUCUCAAAACUCGCGCAAAUUAGAAACCUUGCGCUCGUUGUCACGAUGCGCGGGGCUGAGCGCCCAGGAGGAAUCAAGUGGGCCUCGCUUGCUCCUCUCCUUCCUCUGUCGACUACCGAUGGACUGCGAAUCUUCACGGGGAUCAGCGGCGCUCAACCAGACACGUACGCUGAAAAACUGGUCCAGGCAACCGAUGGUCUCCCUUUAGCCAUUAGCCUUCUUGCGCAUCUUGCACAACCUGGCAUUGAGACCACGGAGUCCCUUUGGUAUCGCUGGCAGGGGAUGGGAACCGCCGUGAUUUCCAGAAGUGACGGUGCCCAAGACCGACUACUAGAUCUCGGAACAUCUAUCGAACUUUCCCUCGGUAGUCACCGCAUGACCAGCGAUCCCUCCGCAGCCACUGUUCUUUCCAUCGUGAAAGAACUCUCAGACGGCCUGCCUUCGUCCACGAGCCUGCUACAUGAAUUACAAUCGUACUUGCCCUCCCACAUCACCCUCCAACAGUCUCUUGUUACUCUUACUCGAAACGGGCUCGUGUACAUUGAUCGAAGGUCUCCGUCUAGUACAGGACGGUACCGAAUGCUCGCACCUACUCGACAGUAUUGCUCUAGCCUCCCACGCCUCCAGCUUGUGGACGACCUGAGCCGUGCCAUUUGUAAGUUCUUUACCGUGCUGGUGCGAACAUAUGACCUCUCCCUACCACAAAUCCCGCUAUCUUACUCGAUAAUCCCACCAGAACUAGGCAACAUCGAAGCCGUUAUUUUCAUGUCGCUAAGACGUGCUCCGCCAGACAUCGACCUCGCUUCCGCAGCAAUAGCGCAUGCCGAAUGGAUGCUGCAUCUUCGUUAUCCCUCACACACACUGUUAGAGCAGAUCCUUAAAAUUGGGAUCGACGAUGUGAGCACGCGUGCCGACUGCCACCGCUGCAUGGGUCGCAUAGACCGAUAUCGCAGCCAAUGGGACCUCGCAGAACAGGAGAUUGAACGUGCUGCACGGUUACAUCGCAGCGCCGAGGCCGUUUUUCACGACGUGAAACGUCUCCAUCUUGAAACUCACAACAAGAUCGGUGCUGCUAACGCAGAACUCUACCUCGGCACUCUCUACCUCCGCCAAGACAAUCUUCCACGCGCAGAGGCCGCACUUCUGGAUGCACGAAGUCGUAGCCAAGAAGCUGGGAGUAUACUUGGAGAGGCGGACAGUCAUGGAUAUCUCGGCGCCCUCUAUCUCCGAAUCAAUCGCCUCGAAGAUGCCCGGCUGUCUCUUGAGAAGGCCCUUGCGCUCUACCUACAGAUCCACAGUAUUCGUGGAGAAGCCCAUAUAUGCCAACACCUCGGUACCUUGUACGUUCGCACGAACCGUCUCCAGGAAGCCAAAGAUAGUAUACUGAGGGCGCUCGACCUUCAUCGCGAGGCUGAAGACAUCCUUGGACAAGGAUAUGACCAUCAAUACCUCGCCGAUUUGUAUCACCGUUCUAACCAGCUUGACGAUGCUGAGACCGCCAUCAAUUUGGCGUUGAGUCUACAUCGCAAAGCGUGCAGCAUUCUGGGUGAAGGCAUAGACCUCACUGUGCUUGCGGCAAUCUACAGGACGAGCAACCGUGCACAGAAGGCGGAAGAAUGUCUCCUCCAAGCCAUUGACCUUUUUCAGCGUGCCGAGGCCAAGCUAGAUGAAGGGAAUGCACAUCAAGAACUUGGAGACCUCUACAUGGAUAUGGGCCGCCUCAGCGAUGCGGCGAAGUCACUUAAUUACGCAUUACAGCUACAUCAGCAGUAUUCGGCCGUUGACGCAAAUAUUGCUAACGACCAUCGGCUUCUAUCAAAACUUCGCGACUUGAUGAAUCCAAAGCCCAUGGUUGCGUCGGAGAUAAUUGAGGACACUCCUGGCUUAAGGCCACAAAACGAGUCAGUUCAUUCGUCGCAUAUCUUACUCAAAUAUCUAAACACCCACAUAUCAGACGAUCCGUGGCAGUAA